UUCAUUUCAGUUUAUUUAUGGACUAGACUUGGUCUUAUUAAACAAUAGAUACCGCCGCCGAUCAAUCCCAAUUCGCAUUAAUAAUUCGCCCCCCUUAGACAAGUGACAACAAUUGGUAAUCGAUUACCCCCAUCACGGUCCCCAUUCUAAUCAAUUGGCAAUCAAGCCCCAGCAUCUUCUUGUUUUUCGAUUAAAAUGCCAUAUUUUGGAUAAUCUGGCCGGCAAUCUACCGUUCGCAUAAUUUUCAAUGUCAAUGUUUUUGUUUUUAUUUUUUUUGUUUUUAUUUUUAUUUUUUUUGCUUUUUAAUAAGCCAUGGCGCCUCUGUCUUUGGUCACACUAUGCACCUCUCUUUCACUCCAAAAGAUAUCCUGCCACCUGCACACCACCUGUAUCCUAUAUAUCCUGCAUCCUGGCAGGACGAUGAAAAGCUCUGCUUUAAACGCAAGGCCACCGGCUGGUUGCCUUCACCUUUUGACAUUUGGCCCACUGCGGACUCAAGAGGCGCCACACACACCGCCCAGCCACCCAACCACCCAACCACCCCAUCACCCAACCAUGUAGCCAUCCAGCCACCCCCUAUUUGGCCUGCUGGACUGUACACCCUCGGCAUGGCAUGGCCUUCGUGCGUAAAUGACCUUCAAACCACAACAACAACAGCAAGGACACGUGUCUGCACUUCACAUUAUAAAAAAAUUUAAAGGUAAACUUUUAAUUAUCCU